AUGACCCAGAACAGGAGCUCAGAGGCCGGGUGCCUCUCAGGUGGUGGCCCGUCAAAUGGCACCAGAAGCCAAGCCGAGGUCUCUGUCAUUUCCUCUGUCAUAUCCAUGUCUGUGGGCAUCCUCUCAAACACUCUCGCCCUCUUCAUCCUGGUGAAGGCCUACCAGCGCUUCCGCCUCAAGUCCAAGGCUUGCUUCCUCCUCUUCGCCAGUGGCCUGGUUGUCACGGACUGUCUGGGUCACCUUAUCAACGGCUCCUUGGUGUUUUAUGUCUACAGCUACCGCAAAGACUGGGAGGCCUUCGACCCCAAGCGCAUCCUGUGUGGCAUCUUUGGCACCUCCAUGGUCUUCUUUGGCCUGAGCCCCUUGCUCCUGGGGGGCGUGAUGGCUGUCGAGCGCUACCUUGGGGUGACCCACCCUUUCUUCCACUCGUCAGUCAUCGCCUCAUGCCACAUGAAGACGCUCAUGGGCGCCAUCUGGCUCCUGGCUCUCUUUGUGGCCCUGCUGCCCAUCCUGCUCUGCCGGCCCUACGAGGUGCAGUGCUCGCGCAGCUGGUGCUUCUUCCGGAUGGUAGGUGCACGUGACUGGCUGGACACCGUCUCCCCAGUGCUCUUCUCCCUCCUGGGGCUGCUGUCACUGCUUGUGUCCAUCGUAUGCAACGCCAUGAGCGGGUUCGCCCUCUUGCAGUCAAAGCAACGCAGCCAUCGUGACCGCCACCAUUGUCACCACCGAAAGAGCUCAGCCCACCACUUGGAAAUGAUCUGCCAGCUGUUGGCCAUCAUGAUUGUGUCCUGCGUGUGCUGGGGCCCCUUUCUGGUCAAUGUCAUUGUCUUGAACAUCAAUGAUGAGGACCAGCGCGCCUACACCCGCAUGCUUCUUACAGUGCGCAUGGCUACAUGGAACCAAAUCCUGGACCCUUGGGUUUACAUUCUCUUGCGCAAGGCCGUCCUGAGGAAGCUGUUCCUGGUCACCCACCGAUGCUGCGGCUCACGUUCUCAGCGGCUGUAUACCUGGAGGUGUGGAACCCUGACGAGGUCAGUCGAGGUCAGCACAUCUGUCAUCAGCAGACCGGAAUGUUGUAGUCCAGAUGGGGGCGCUAUACCUGAGAGCAACGCACAGUUUGUUGUCCAGCCAGGAAACAGGACAUGA